AUGCACAUCGAUCAGGAAGAAGUCAACGCUCGCCUCGCAGUCCAAAGGCAAGAGUAUAUUUCCAAGAAAACAAACUCAGAUUUGUUGCUCCUUGAUUUGAGUAGGGGGACGUAUUACACGUGGAUGCGGACGACAGCUGCGGAUACCUCCCAAUGCUCCUUCACCUUUGUUUUCUUCUGCUGUUUAGCGGCGGAAUCUGGCCAAACAUUCUUCUCUGGUGUCUGUCAGCAUUAUAUCUCAAGUGCGCUCAGUCGGCACCUUGCCAACUUGUACCGGCAAUACAAUGACUAUGGGUCUGUUGCUCGCGACAGAGCCAAAGGGAACUUAAACAGGCUGAAUUUCCCUGAGUUUCUGGAGGAAAUUGCUUAUAAGGAGGCAAAUAAUGAGGAAUUUAUGAAAUCGAAUCUCUUAUUCAUCGCUGAUUACGAGAGGGAAUGUAUGAAUCAUGCCCUGAUGAGGCUUCAGGCGGAGAUGGCACAUGAUAAGCAACGGGUACUGAAGGUGAAUGCGUUGAAGGUUUACAUUGACACCGUAGACCUUUACGAGCAGGUCUACGCUGCAAGGACGUAUCAAAUUGAGUGCGGUGACUCCAGAGAGUAG